UCAAAGCAAACUUAACGUUGCAUAUAAAACUAUACAAAACUAUUUUAAAACACCAUUGCCCCUUGCGAAGAUUGAUGUGAUUGCUAUUCCUGAUCUCCCCUCAGUUCGAUAUGUUAACACAUGUGGCAUGCUGAUAGUAAGAGAGGCUGAAUUGCUUAAAAAUGGUGUUUUUGCAAUUUCGCGGGAACUUAUCUAUCAAUGGAUUGGUAUAUCGAUAACUCCUGAUUGGUGGACUGAUGCCAAAGUAAACAAAGCACUAAUAAGUUUUAUAGCAUCAGAAAUAGUAACUGAAAUAAAUGAUGGUGUAGAGUUUAAUGGCAAAUAUCCAAUGACAAUUCUUUACUCAUUGUACUAUGAGUUAAGCAAGAGGUAUCCCCAUUCUCGCAUAACCGGAAUGAAACAGGAGUCUACGUCUUUCAAAGUGGAGCUUGUUAUUCGAAUGCUUAGACUUUCCCUAGGAGAGCAUACAUUUAAAAUCGCAAUACAAAGAUUAAUUUGCGAUCACAAAUUCAAUACAUAUAAAGCGGUUGACCUGUGGAAUGUUAUUUCCGAACAAGCUAAAGAAGAUAAUACGCUUGAUAGUAAGCUUAGUAUAUUAAAUAUUGCCGAGUCUUGGUUACAGCAAAGCCGCCUGCCACUUAUCACAAUAACGAGAGACUACAAUUUGGGAACUGCAAAUAUUCAACAAAAAGUGUAUCUUAGGGAGAGACCCCACGAUGUACCCGAGCAAGACAAAAUGCUAUGGUGGAUCCCCAUUGCGUUAGUUCGACAAGAUACUCUUAAUUUUCUUAAAUAUAGUCCAUAUACAUGGAUAAAUAAGACUAAGCAAACUACAAUUUUUAAUAUGCCAAGGCAAACAAAGUUUAUAAUUGCUAACCAAGAGGAAAUCGGACCAUUUCCGGUUAACUAUGACGAUACAAAUUGGAAUAUGUUGCAAAUAUUUCUAAGAACAGACGCUGGAAGGGAAUCAACACCAGUAUAUACGAGGGCAAAAUUACUUCAUGACGCCUGGAACUUGGCUUAUGCUGGAGAAUUAAAUUUUGCAACAGCUUUAAAUAUGACUUUAUUCAUGAAAAAGGAACGCAAUCAUAUUGUUUGGAAUCCGGUAUUUACAUUUCUAGACCAAAUCGGCAGACGUCUUGAAGUAUCUUCAAUUAAUAAAAAGUUUGAGUUGUAUACUAUUAACCUUUUGGCUCCAUUAUAUGAAGAUUUGGGUACGGAAAAUGUCAAUGAAGAAAUAUGGAAAGCAGAGUUACGAAAAUUGACUAAAACAUUUUUAUGCCGUGCGGGAUAUUUUCCAUGUAUCAAGGCUGCACGAAGCGCUUUCGAAGUGUGGCUUAACAGUUCUAAUCCGAACUUUGACAAUCCUGUACCCAACGAGUUUAUCUGCCCAGUGUUUAAGUGGGGAUCUCUGAAGGAAUGGAUGUUUGGAUUGGAACGAAUAAGUCAGUUUCCAAAACUUCGUCUUCAAAGUGAUCGUACCUUUUUAUUAAAGAUGCUAGCCGGAUGUCCAUCGCAGCGCGAAAAAAUAGAAUAUUUACUGGAUUUGGCCAUUCUUAAGAAUACAUCAUUUUUUUCUGAAAACGAUCAAAUAUUAAUUGUUAAUAUGGUAUCGACUCAAUCUAUUGGAUAUAGGACACUCUUGGACUUCCUUUCUAGCAAUUGGGCUUAUGUUCAUCAAAAGUUUGAAAAUAAAACAAAUCUUUGGGGCAAGCUUAUUACAUCUGCGACGGGAACGUUGUCUACCCAUGAUGGUUACGAGAUGGCUAAAACGUUUUACAAUAAACAUAACGGACAGUUUGGCAGUGCACAACACCUUAUAGAGAGAUCCCUUCGAAAUAUUAAGGAAGAAGUUCAUUGGAGUGAACAAAAUUUUCCAGUAAUAGAACAGUGGCUUGACAAAUUUUUAUCUGACAAUAAAUUAACAACUACUUAGAUGGUUGGACAUUAUAUGUAAUGUGUAAUACUUAUUCGCAAAUAAACAA